CGUUAGCGAUCAUUUUGGAGAUGUGUAUGUUUAAGUUUUCUUUAUUUUCUAUAGAUAUGAGAAAUUCCUGAAUGACGCAAUAAGAUACAGAGAUUGUUAUUUGUAUCCAGUGUGUUACUUUGAGAAACUUUGCUUAUUGAUAGUGAUGAUUCCUCCUGUUCGGUUUAUCUUUUUUUCCCUAAGGAAAAAAAUGGAAAUAUUUUGUUUUUUUUUGGUGUUUACCGCUUUUGUUUUAAAACAAUAUCGUUGCAUCGUCAGGACUUUGUUCCUGAUAAUAAAAACCAUCGAUAGAAGCUGGGACCUUACCUUUCUUUCAACUUUUGACAGUAAAUACCUGGGCACAGGACUUCAAAGCAAACACAGAUUCCCCUUCCCCCUUAAUAUUUAAGAAUUAAAAGAUGAUGAGAAAUAAGGACAAAAGCCAAGAGGAGGACAGUUCGCUACACAGCAAUGCAUCGAGGUAUGAGCUAUCAACUUUCUUCCUUUUUUCUUUAUUUUGGGGAAACCUCAGCUUACAUUGUUUACCUUGACAGGCAAGGGUAGCUGUCUGUCUUAUUUUAGGUUUUUUAAUAAUUUGGAUUUGUUUUUUAAAGCGUGACCUUGAGAUUGCUAAUAUGCCACACCCUAAUUUUUUGGUAGCAAUUUAUGAAAGUUGAGUUGUGACUUAAGGCCUCUUAACAGCAGUCAAAAGGUAAGGUACCUUUAUUCAAGGGAGCCUUUCCUGUAAACUACAGUUUUUCUGUCAAUAAAUUUCAGUUUUUAGGUUUUUGUGCUGUAGAAAAAUGACCUUGUCGGUUUAGCCAUUGCUGCAUUGCACCAUUUUACAUACAAGGCAAAUUUUUUCUUUGAAGAAUCUAGGAUACCCAAACUUGUAACUGAAGGCCAUAGAGGAGCCUUGUGGUAGUAAAUUAUAGUAAAUAGACAUUUGAGAAAGUUAUAUGAAUGAAAAAAUGUACAUUUAAAAAUGAAAUUAGGAAAAGGACUCUUUGACUGAUGCCUCUCAGUUUAUAUUUUUAUUUGACUCUACAUUUCUUUUGAUACUCUUGACAUUUUAGGAAAUUUUGAUAAGAUUUAUCAAAACCUUUACUUGAUGGUUACAGUUUCUGUAUUUGUGAAAUCUAAUCUGUGACUAGAGAAAUCCUGGAAUACUCUCAAUACAUUUGUGUUUGUUGCUGUGACUAUAAUUGUAUAUUUUACAUUUAAAAUAUUUUAAGUUUUGCAUUGAUACAUACAUUCAGACAAUGCUUCCUGGCUGGUAGAUGUAAUACCUUAUUCUUGCAUUUUAGUUGUAGCUGCUUUAAAUUUAUUGAUUUACUUUGACAGAGUCGCCUGGAAUGCUUUAUCUUCUGAAGCUUAACAAAUGUACUGUUUGUUCAAAUCAUGAUUUGUUUCACAUCUGUUGGACUACGUUUUAGUGACUAAGUAAUAAUAAAGCUUCUAAGAUGUUUUUUUGUAUGAUCUGUAUAUUUUUAAAAGUACAUACGAAUGCAUUUCUUGAUGUAUUGUGAAUUGUCAAUGUUAUAAAUCUUAAGCAGUUAAUAAGGUGGUGAUUGAUUAUGUGAUUUCCCCCCACCCCUCCAAUUUUGCUUUUACUGUUAGGAUAUAAUUUCCCUAUUAGUGAAUUUUAAAGUUUUGAACGGGGUUUAUUACAAACGUUGAAUUUUUGUUUCAUUAAAAUAUUUUGACCCUUGCCUUUAAAAAAACUGUUCUAAAUUCUUCUUGCAAAUUGAGUUGUCACAUAGUUUGGACUGUCUUUAAACUGACUUGCCCAUGUAAACUGUUUAGGUUAGAUUAGGAGAGCAAACUGUACUAGACCUACACUGAUUAUUCUGAAAAGGAAUGGUGAUUUGAAGAAAAUAGGAAUCCCCAGGUAUAUUUGACAAAUUAUUAAAAGAUUCAGUAUCUAAAACUGUUACUCCCUUGAGUAUGUAUGAUUUGCAUAGUUUCACGUGGCUUUUGACUUAUGCAAGGUUUGUGGUUAACGUCAUUGAUCAGAGUCUGCUUUCUAAUUUAAAACAUCAAGCGGUGUUGCUAUUCUUUUUUAAUAGUUUACUCGCACCUAGAAAACAACUUGGAAGUUGUCCUGCAUUUGCUUAUUGGCAGUUGGGGUUACAGUGUAACAAGGAACAUGCACUGUAAUUAUUAAAUGCAUUUUGUCAAAGUAUAUUUUGAUUCAUACACCUGAUGAAUGUCAAAAUAUUUCAGGGACUCUAUGAAGAGAAGAUGGAGUUUAAAUUAGUUACUCUAAAUUGCAUACCUUAAUAAAUGUACAUAAUUAUGACAUCACUUCCCUUUUAAAAUUGUAAAGCUAAAGGAUGUUAGUGUUUUACUGCCGUGAUAUUUUUAGUCAGCUAAAAUUAAGGAGACUGUCCAGGUAACUAAACUAGUACUUUGUUCCUUCAUCCAUUGGAAUUUCUCAUUAAGGAUCUGGUUUCUAUGGCAAAAAUUCUGGUGUUUAGGCAAUACUACAAAAACCACUUUUGUAGCCUGAGCCACAGGAGAGGAAGGGAGGAGUUUGCAGGUCAAGUAAACUUUGGUCUGAGAAUUACUUUAGGGUCUGAGGGAUUUGAGUGCAAGUUAGGUAAGCCUGGUAUUUUACUUUUGGAAAUAAUGCAGUACUUAACAGUUGGAGCGACUAUGUAAAUUUGUUAUUGUGUUGUUGUGACGUUAAUGCUUAUGUUAUACUUUGUAUAUCAUGGUUUUUGAAGAUUAAAAAGAACUUAGAAAAAUACUGAAAAAAUCUAUCUGUAAAGUUUGUAAGUAUUUGAAGCAAAAUUUUAAUGAUGGAGCUAUAUAGAAAUGUAUAUACCACACACUUACCUACAUACUCUGCAGCUUGGAGUAACUUUUCAUAAUACCAAAGAAUGGAAACAGGAGAGAAGGGAAUGUGAAUGUAAUUGUGUGCACGCACACAAAGAGCUCUUGUGUGUUCUAGGAUCUUGAGUUUGCAGUUUAUACCUUAAAAACUGCAACAGUUUAUUAAUUUAUCUCCGAAUCGUCUGCCUUUGAACCAGAUUUAUUUUUAUAACCUGAGGUGUGGGCGGAAUCUGAGUUUUAAUCAGUCUUUUAGCAGUUACUCUAAAAGCCUGGGAUGAUGAUAAAUGGCAGAAUGGAGUUGCUUGUGGACGAACAGGCAGAUUUUUAAGUGGCAGCCAUUUUAUAAUGCUGAUAAUUCUUCAGAAUCGGAAUUUUUGAGAAAACUGAAAAUAAAGUGAAUUGGAACCUCAAAUACCAAAACCUUUUACUCUCUUCUCCUUUUUUUAGUUCUUUGGUGCUGAAAUAAAGGGCAGCUUGGUAGGUAGUGCAGACAGAAGCUCUGUUAGCCCCUGGCAUCUUGGUGCAGGUCCAGCUCAGUCACAAAAUGGCUGUUCCUUUGUGCCGCAGCGCUGACAGACAUACUGCAUUGCACUGUGUACUCGCCAAACAGCAGGAAGUUGCCGUGCCGAGUUCAAAGGCCGGCCGGCGCCGGCGUCGGCGCCGAGCGCUGAUUGGCUGUGCGCGCGCCUGGUAACAGCAGGUCAACAGUGGAGGCCUUUGGGUUGGCCCCGCCCCGUCCCGUCAGGCGCCUAGCAGCCGGGAGGAGCGAACGCGGUGACGUUGCGCUGCGUGCGCAGCCCGGAUGGUUUCGCCGGCGAGGCGGCUCUCGACGGGAGGGAAGGGCCGCGGAGGCCGGGGACUCUCCGGUGGGCGGCCUGUGCCUGACCUGUUUGGCUCGGGCAGCCCUCCGCCUUUCCCUCGAGCCGGCUGUACCCUGCUGCGCGGCUUUGCCCAUCCCUCGAAAAGGUUUUCCUCUUUUAGAAGCGGCUUCUACUUUCGGAGAAAGUGAAAGGCACUGGUUGGAAACCUUGAAAUCGGAGACCUACCAGUUUUGUAUAUUUUUCGGUUUCCUUUAUCAUAUCGUAGCGGGUCUUUUUUCUUGUUUCUUUUCUCCUUUUUUCCCUCGUGUGUGAAGAGAUUACUGAGCUUAAUUUUGUUAACACUGACCAAAACCUUUUCACUGUCAUAGGAGAUACUUUUAUUUUAGUUGAAACGACUUAACGGGUGUUACAGCUCUUGUUUAUUAGUACAUGGCUCAUAAACAAAGGGAAGAUAAUUUGAGCUUGUCCCCGUGCAUUUUUACAUGGUGCCAUACAUUUUCUCAGUUGGCACUUGAUGGAGAAAAACUCAGUCGUUCAGCAUCUGAAGAAGCUUCGGGUUCAGACUCAGGCAGCCAGUCGGAGAGUGAACAGGGCAGUGAUCCAGGAAGUGGACAUGGCAGCGAGUCAAAUAGCAGUUCUGAAUCUUCGGAGAGUCAGUCUGAAUCUGAAAGUGAAUCAGCAGGUUCCAAAUCCCAGCCAGUCCUUCCAGAAGCCAAAGAAAAACCAGCCUCUAAGAAGGAACGGAUAGCUGAUGUGAAGAAGAUGUGGGAAGAAUAUCCUGAUGUUUAUGGGGUUAGACGGUCAAACCGAAGCAGACAGGAGCCAUCACGAUUUAAUAUUAAGGAGGAGGCAAGUAGCGGGUCUGAGAGUGGGAGUCCAAAAAGAAGAGGCCAGAGGCAGCUGAAAAAACAAGAAAAAUGGAAACGAGAGGCCUCAGAAGAUGAGCAGGAUCAAGGCACCAGUGCAGAAAGUGAACCAGAACAAAAAAAAAUGAAAGCCAGAAGACCUAUCCCCAGAAGAACAGUGCCCAAACCUCGUGUUAAAAAGCAACCUAAGACUCAGCGUGGAAAGAGAAAAAAGCAAGAUUCUUCUGAUGAUGAUGAUGAAGACGAUGAAGCUCCCAAAAGGCAAACUCGUCGUAGGGCAGCUAAAAAUGUUAGUUAUAAAGAAGAUGAUGACUUUGAGACCGACUCAGAUGACCUCAUUGAAAUGACUGGAGAAGGAGUUGAUGAACAGCAGGAUAAUAGUGAAACGAUCGAAAAGGUCCUGGAUUCAAGGCUGGGAAAGAAAGGAGCCACUGGAGCUUCUACUACUGUUUAUGCGAUCGAAGCUAAUGGAGACCCUAGUGGUGGCUUUGACACUGAAAAGGAUGAAGGGGAAGUCCAGUACCUCAUCAAGUGGAAGGGUUGGUCUUAUAUCCAUAGCACAUGGGAGAGUGAAGAGUCCUUACAGCAACAGAAAGUGAAGGGCCUAAAAAAACUAGAGAACUUCAAGAAGAAAGAGGAUGAAAUCAAACAAUGGUUAGGGAAGGUUUCUCCCGAAGAUGUGGAAUAUUUCAACUGCCAACAAGAGCUGGCCUCAGAGUUGAACAAACAGUAUCAGAUAGUAGAAAGAGUAAUAGCUGUGAAGACAAGCAAAUCUACACUGGGUCAAACAGAUUUUCCAGCUCACAGUCGGAAGCCCACACCUUCAAAUGAACCUGAGUAUCUAUGCAAAUGGAUGGGUCUGCCCUAUUCAGAGUGCAGCUGGGAAGAUGAAGCCUUGAUUGGAAAGAAAUUCCAGAGCUGCAUUGACAGCUUCCAUAGUCGGAACAACUCAAAAACCAUCCCAACAAGAGAAUGCAAGGCCCUGAAGCAGAGACCACGAUUUGUGGCGUUAAAAAAACAGCCAUCCUAUUUAGGAGGGGAGAACCUGGAGCUUCGUGAUUAUCAGCUAGAAGGUCUCAACUGGCUUGCUCACUCCUGGUGCAAAAGUAACAGUGUAAUCCUUGCUGAUGAAAUGGGCCUAGGAAAGACCAUCCAGACCAUAUCAUUCCUCUCCUACCUGUUCCACCAACACCAGCUGUAUGGCCCCUUUCUUAUAGUCGUCCCUUUAUCCACCCUCACCUCAUGGCAGAGGGAGUUUGAAAUCUGGGCACCAGAGAUUAACGUAGUGGUUUACAUAGGUGACCUGAUGAGCAGAAAUACGAUACGGGAAUAUGAAUGGAUUCAUUCUCAGACCAAAAGGCUGAAGUUUAAUGCACUUAUAACAACAUAUGAGAUCCUCUUAAAAGACAAGACUGUGCUGGGCAGUAUUAACUGGGCCUUUCUGGGAGUGGAUGAAGCCCAUCGGUUGAAGAAUGAUGACUCUUUAUUGUAUAAAACUCUAAUUGAUUUCAAGUCCAACCAUAGGCUCCUGAUUACAGGGACCCCUCUUCAGAAUUCCCUCAAAGAGCUCUGGUCCUUGCUGCACUUUAUUAUGCCAGAGAAGUUUGAGUUCUGGGAAGACUUUGAAGAAGACCAUGGGAAAGGGAGAGAGAACGGCUAUCAGAGUCUCCACAAGGUGCUGGAGCCUUUCCUUCUCCGCAGAGUCAAGAAAGAUGUGGAGAAAUCCCUUCCUGCCAAAGUGGAGCAGAUUCUCAGGGUGGAGAUGUCAGCACUUCAGAAACAGUAUUACAAAUGGAUUCUGACCAGGAACUACAAGGCUCUUGCCAAGGGAACAAGAGGCAGUACGUCUGGUUUCCUUAAUAUUGUGAUGGAACUGAAGAAAUGCUGUAACCACUGUUACCUGAUUAAACCCCCUGAAGACAAUGAGAGAGAAAAUGGGCAGGAGAUUCUUCUGUCCCUGAUUCGGAGCAGUGGGAAGCUGAUUCUAUUAGAUAAACUGUUGACAAGACUUCGAGAAAGGGGGAACAGAGUCCUUAUUUUCUCCCAAAUGGUGAGAAUGCUGGAUAUCCUGGCCGAGUACCUGACUAUUAAGCACUAUCCCUUCCAGCGCCUGGAUGGUUCCAUCAAGGGAGAAAUCCGAAAACAGGCACUGGACCACUUCAAUGCAGACGGGUCUGAGGAUUUCUGUUUCCUGCUCUCGACAAGGGCUGGUGGCCUGGGGAUCAAUUUGGCUUCAGCGGACACAGUCGUCAUCUUUGACUCGGACUGGAACCCCCAGAACGACCUGCAGGCACAAGCCCGAGCCCAUAGAAUUGGUCAGAAGAAGCAGGUUAAUAUUUACCGCUUAGUUACAAAGGGGACCGUGGAGGAGGAGAUCAUAGAACGGGCCAAAAAGAAGAUGGUAUUGGACCAUCUGGUGAUUCAGCGCAUGGAUACAACUGGCCGAACGGUCCUGGAGAACAACUCGGGCAGGUCCAACUCGAAUCCUUUUAAUAAAGAAGAGCUGACAGCUAUUUUGAAGUUUGGAGCAGAGGAUCUCUUCAAAGAACUUGAAGGGGAGGAGUCAGAGCCUCAGGAAAUGGAUAUAGAUGAAAUUUUGCGCUUGGCUGAAACUAGAGAGAACGAAGUAUCAACAAGUGCGACAGAUGAACUUCUGUCACAGUUUAAGGUUGCCAACUUUGCAACAAUGGAAGAUGAAGAAGAACUAGAAGAGCGUCCUCACAAGGACUGGGAUGAGAUCAUUCCAGAGGAGCAAAGGAGAAAAGUAGAGGAGGAAGAGCGGCAGAAGGAACUGGAAGAAAUUUAUAUGCUGCCUCGAAUUAGGAGUUCCACUAAAAAGGCUCAGACAAAUGACAGUGACUCUGACACUGAGUCUAAGAGGCAGGCGCAGAGGUCCUCUGCCUCUGAAAGCGAGACCGAUGACUCUGAUGAUGACAAGAAGCCAAAGCGCAGAGGGCGCCCCCGAAGUGUGCGGAAGGACCUCGUAGAGGGAUUUACUGAUGCGGAAAUCCGAAGGUUCAUCAAGGCAUAUAAGAAGUUUGGUCUCCCUCUUGAACGGCUGGAGUGCAUAGCACGUGAUGCCGAGCUGGUAGAUAAGUCUGUAGCAGAUCUGAAGCGCCUGGGUGAACUGAUUCACAACAGCUGUGUUUCAGCAAUGCAGGAAUAUGAAGACCAGCUGAAAGAAAAUGCCAGCGAGGGGAAAGGACCAGGGAAAAAGAGAGGCCCAACAAUCAAGAUAUCUGGGGUUCAGGUCAAUGUGAAAUCUAUUAUUCAACACGAGGAAGAGUUUGAGAUGCUGCAUAAAUCUAUCCCUGUGGACCCUGAAGAAAAAAAAAAGUACUGCUUAACCUGUCGUGUCAAAGCUGCACACUUCGAUGUAGAGUGGGGAGUGGAGGAUGAUUCUCGCCUAUUGCUGGGCAUUUAUGAACAUGGCUAUGGGAACUGGGAGUUAAUUAAAACGGAUCCAGAGCUCAAGUUAACUGACAAAAUUCUGCCUGUGGAGACGGAUAAAAAGCCUCAGGGGAAGCAGCUACAGACCCGAGCCGAUUACCUGCUGAAGCUGCUCAGGAAGAGUCUGGAGAAGAAGGGGGCUGUGACAGGUGGGGAGGAGGCCAAAUUAAAGAAGCGGAAGCCUCGAGUAAAGAAAGAAAACAAAGCACCCAGGCUGAAAGAUGAGCAUGGCAUUGAGUUUUCAUCUCCUAGACACUCAGACAAUCCAUCAGAAGAGGGAGAAGUAAAGGAUGACGGUUUAGAAAAAAGUCCAAUGAAAAAGAAACAGAAGAAGAAAGAAAACAAGGAGAACAAGGAGAAACAAAUGAGUUCUAAGAAAGACAAAGAAGGGGACAAGGAAAGGAAGAAGUCAAAAGAUAAGAAAGAGAAGUGCAAGGAGAGGAUGAGGCCCGUGAAAAAGGCACUGAAGCAGCUGGACAAACCUGACAAGGGGCUCAGCGUGCAAGAACAGCUGGAGCACACCCGGAACUGCCUGCUGAAGAUUGGAGACCGGAUAGCCGAGUGCCUUAAAGCUUACUCGGACCAGGAGCACAUCAAACUGUGGAGAAGGAAUCUAUGGAUUUUUGUUUCCAAGUUUACAGAAUUUGAUGCUCGAAAGUUGCAUAAGUUAUACAAAAUGGCUCAUAAGAAAAGAGCUCAAGAAGAGGAGGAGCAAAAGAAGAAAGAUGACAUGAUUGGUGUUAAGAAGCCAUUUCGACCAGAGGCCUCGGGCUCCAGCCGGGAUUCCCUGAUGUCUCAGUCCCAUGUCCCACAUAGCCUUCACCCCCAGAAGCCUCAUUUGCCCUCCUCCCAUGGCCCGCAGAUGCAUGGACAUCCAAGAGACAACUAUAGUCACCCCAACAAGAGACACUUUAGUAAUGCAGACCGAGGGGACUGGCAGAGGGAAAGAAAGUUCAGCUAUGGUGGUGGUAACAACAAUCCGCCGUGGGCUAGUGACAGGCAUCAUCAGUAUGAGCAACACUGGUACAAGGACCACCAUUAUGGGGACCGGCGACACGUGGACACCCACCGUUCUGGGAGCUACCGACCCAACAACCUGUCCAGGAAGAGACCUUAUGAUCAGUACAGUAGUGACCGAGACCACCGGGGACACAGAGAUUAUUAUGACAGGCACCAUCAUGACUCCAAGCGGAGGAGAUCCGAUGAAUUUAGGCCCCAGAAUUACCACCAGCAGGAUUUCCGACGAAUGUCUGACCACCGCCCCCCUAUGGGGUACCAUGGCCAGGGACCGUCAGACCAUUACCGCUCCUUCCACACAGACAAAUUGGGGGAAUAUAAACAGCCCCUUCCUCCACUGCACCCUGCGGUCUCAGAUCCUCGCUCGCCUCCUUCCCAGAAAUCUCCUCAUGAUUCCAAGUCACCCCUGGAUCAUAGGUCUCCUUUGGAGAGAUCACUAGAACAGAAAAACAACCCAGAUUAUAACUGGAAUGUCCGGAAGACAUAGAGGACAGAUGGGAGAGAAAGGGAGAACAAGAGUCAUUAAGCACCUGGAUAUUUUUGGUCUGAUCUGACAGAAACCAGUUACCUAGACCAGUAAGUGGGUUCUGGACAUGCUGCUGCUAGCUCGCCAGCUGAAAGCACUUCAAGGAGUGGGAGGCCUUUCACUCAGUCCAGCUUUGAUUUGGGUCCCCACUCCUGCACUUUGACACCCAUCCCAUUCCUGCCUGGCUCUGGCCUCCCACUUUGAUGGGUGCUAGGAGGAAGAAGAGACUUCGUGUGCCAGCUCAUGGGCUGUGUUUCCCCAGUGGAAGAGGAAGGGAUCUCAGAGCUGUGAAUGUUUUAUUGCCAGGGUCAGUGUACCCUGAACCUGGUGCGGCGGUCGAGGAAGGAAAGUUUGCAUGAAGGCCGCUGGGACCCGCUGGACAGCGCGUGAUUUGGUUCACUGUGAUGUGACACAUGCUGCUGGUGGGGAGCGGGCGGGAACAGGCAGUCGGGGUCUCUCUCAUCAUAGGACUUGAAGUGGAGCAGGUAUACCCCUCACGUGUUCUCGGGAAAAACAAUGCAUUGGGCCUUGCUUUUACGACCCCUGUGGUGCAGGGGCUAGAGAGAGAGAAGCAACUCCCACAGUGGCUCUUCCUCCCUACCAACACUAACUUCCUACACUGUACAUUUCAGAGGUUUGGUCUCUUGAGUGGGUCUCCUUUGCUCCCUGUGCCAGGGAAGUAGGAUCCGUCUAGCUGGCUUUUUUGAUUACUGUGAGUUAGGCAGUACUGAAGUUGGCAUGGGUCUUACAUGGUGGGGUGCGGGCUGAAUGAGGGGAGAGGGUGGGGGCAGGGUGGGGUAGUAUGGCCAGGGAACUGGAAUCCCUGCUGGAUUUCUGAUUCCUGUGAUAAGAAGCAAAACUACAGGGCCUGGAGAGAAGGGGGAAGUGGAGGCAGGCCUGCCGACCAGCUUGUUGCUGGCAUGCACCAAGUUGGGGUGCUAGACGGGGGUGAGAUUUCUAGUGCGGGACUGUGGGAGUGCCAGUGAGUGGGGAGGGCUUCAGUGUUGUACUAGGUCAGCGUUGGCAGCUGCCUCUAAGUUCUCUUUGCACAGCUUUAAGGAGUAGAUCACACAGAAUUACACAUCUCUUGACACUCACAUGGUGGGUAGACAGAUGAAAAUGAGUUACCUGUGGUGAACAGGUCUCCACUGUUAGUUGGAGAUAUUAAUGUUGAACUCAGUUUCUUUUAGAAGGAGAUAAGUAAAGUAAAACUUUUCCCACAGUGGGAAGCCCCCAAAGACAGGGUGGCCAGGCCGCAGACGUGAGAGCCACGCUGGAGCCAGACUGAGCCUGAGCCGGGGAGGCAAGCUGGUUGCAUCAGUUAGGUGGGCUCCCUCUGUUUUCCUGACCCUGGGCCUUCUGCUUUAUGCAUUUUAAAUACAGCCAGUAUUGUUAGAGUGUUCAAAGGCCUUUCUAUGUGGAGACAGAAUAACUGACUUGAACAUACACUGUGCCUGUAAGUGUCCAGGCUCAGAACUGGUGAGAGCCCUUCCACUGGGCAUACCCAGGGUCAGACUCCCUGAACUACCCUGUGGGGACUUGGUAAAAUCAUUUCCAUUUACUUGCUGGCAUCCUGGCAGCACCAUUAAUGCCUUUACUAAGCAACGCCUGAGCUGUACACCCAAGAGAAGUGGAUAUGGCCUUGGUGGGCCGCUGCCCCUUGCUACGCAGGGAGCCCUGGGGCUGGCCAGGCCUGAGUUCCUGAGGAGAAUCUGGGUCCUCACAGCUUGUGCUGAAAGCUUGGGGGACCCACACCACCUUACAUCUCCUCAUGGUAUUUGGGGUUGUCACCUUGGGCUUGGACCAUGAGUUCCUGGAGCAAAGCCCACGGGGCUGCAGGGGAGCCCCCGGUUAGUCUUCCCACUGAGGACACUCUGUGACUUCUCCGUGGGGACAUGUGAAUCACAUCUCUCCUCUUGACACCACAGGUUCAGCUUCUUGCUGACAAUACUGACACUACCCUGUGGUCGUGUUGCUCAGGCCCAACAGGAGGUUAAGUUGGCUUGCCGGGUCUUUAAGUGAUGGGUGGUGAGGGUGGCCGGGGACAAGGGGAAGACAGGCCUCAUCAUCCUGUUGUAGGUGUGGUGUUUCCUUCCACUUAGAGGAGGCCAGGAGGAGGAAUUGGACGCCCUGCAUUUCAUCCAGGUCUUUUUUCUCUGAAGUUGUUGAUAGGACAUGUGAGUUAUUCCCAAAAAUGUCUCACCAUGAGGAAAAAGGAACUACUUUUUGUUCACAUUUGGGACUUUUAGUGCCAUAUGAUGUAGCAGAAGGCAGUAUCAGCCAGAUCAGUGUUAAAUUCAUUAUAAAAUUACAGUAUCCCCAUAAAUGCAUCUAUUUUAGGUGUUGAAGUAUGUUUGAAGAGUGGGUUGGGAGAAAGGAGGCAUUUCCUCAUUGACCUAAAUCAGUAUGAAUACUGUAUGCUUAUAUCAAAAACAGAAGUUUGCACAGGUAGAAAAUCUCUCACUUGUGGGUGGGAGAAGCUGCCCCAGGACGUCUGUGAGGAGGAGAUUCCAUGGAGCCUGCUGAGCUUUGAAAGACUUGGGUAGAAACAGCAGGUUGAGGAAGAGGGGAGUGAGCACCACCUCAAACCUGGACAAGAACAAGGAUUAACGUGGCAUACAAAAGACCCGCGAACGGUCAUGGGGAAGCCCAGGCUCACUGCGGUCUGCCAGGGCUGGCAGGAGAGAGCCCGGCCCUCCGCAGAGCCUGACCUGGUGACCCUGGGCUCCCUCUCCUAGUCAUUCCUUAAGCCCUUCCACGGGAAACCAGAACACUUACCACAUCAUGCUGCAAACCUAGCCUGAUGUCUGGGAGUUGCAUCAGGACGUGCGGUGCAAACGCAGUUCAGUUAGAAUUCACACAGUGACACUGAAAAUCCUCACACAGUGAGACCAAAAUCCACUAGUCAGCAGGAGCAGGGGCCAGGGCCCAGCACCAGUGGUCUUCUGGCUUGUCUGAGGGUUGCCGUGUCAGGCGAGGAGGGCCAGGCCAUGGGUCCAGGCUGCUUUAGUCCAUCUGCGCCCCACCAGACUGGGGGACAGAUGGUUUUUCUUUAUUGUAAAAUUGUGGACUUUUAAAACCUGUUGACUAAACAGUAAUUAAUUUAUAUUUGUGAAAAAUGCCACUGUCCUAGUGAUUUCUGAUGUAAAUAAUGUUGUUUAUAUAGUAUGUAUUAAAUUUUCCUACAUUGUAAAA